AUGGCCGAGUGGUGUAACCACCUUAGGUGGCAGUUGUGGAAGGUAACCACCACCACCAAGGAUGGUGGUAAUGAUGAUGAUGAUGAUGAGGAGGAGGAGGAGGAGGACGAUGACGACAACGAUGAUGACGAAGAUGACGACGACAAUGAUGAUGAUGACGACGACGACGACGAAGAAGAUUCUAACAUAUCCAACCCUGUGGACAAAAUGAAAAAGGCCCUCGAGAUCGGGGCUGCCAAGGUGAAGGCUGUAGCCAAGAAGGCUGUGAGAGGCGUGCCCAAGCCGAAGCUGGUGCUGGAAUCUCAUUCUGUCGGGGAGGUUUUAGCUGUGGUCCCGAUUAGGACCGUCGAUUCGGCAGCUGCCCCAGCUCCCCACGCUCAUCCUCAGGAUGCUCUACUGGCUCAUCGGAAUGCCGACUUGGCGGCCAAGAUUUCUAUGAAGAUGGAGAUGAUCCAACUGGAGCUGGAGGUAGCCGUGAACCAGUGGGAAGCCACUAAGGAAUUCUUGGCCAAGGAGCAGAAGGUGAAGGCGCACGACGAGACCCGUCGCGAGAAAGAGCAGGCAGAUGCCAUGUUGGAGGUUACCUUCGAUGAGGCUAUCUACAUGGCCUGGCUCCAGGACAAAAAAAUGAACCUCCUGCUCUACCCUGACCCUGCUGUGAAGAGGGCUAAAUUUGAGGCCAAGGAGAAAGCAGAUGCGGAGCCCCUAGACGAGGAAGAGGUGGAUGAAACUGUCCCGGAUACUCUAACUUCAAUUUUUUCUGUCAUUCCAAUCUCUGGUGUAGCUGCCUUUGAAGAUACUUACGUAGUAGAUGACAUGUUUACCGGCCUCGUUGUGCUUCCUAUCCUUCAGAUGUUCUUCAGUAGCUUCUCUGUGGCUUUAGAUUAA